GGCCGUGAGCGUCCUCUUCCUACUGAUUGGCGCCCACAUCAUUGCGUGUGCCUUGUACUACUUGGGCUCCACAACAGGAGGCAAUGCAGAUACGUGGCUGGAGGAGUACGCACAAACGCAGCAGCAGGAGGACAAGAUUUUGAUGUAUUUCUCAGCCCUUGUUUGGGCCUUGGCGCAGCUUACGCCAGGACUUGGACCGAGUCCGGCGAACCCCAGGAGCCUUCAAGACUUCGUCUUCACCAGUGUGGUUCAUGUACUGGCUUUAGCAGGUUGCAUUUUCCUACUGCAUCAAGUGACAGGGACUGUCCUUCGCCUUCGAGAGCUGCAAGGUGAUUGGCCAAGGCGUCAAAUGACAUGUCGAGCGUAUCUUGCUGAAGGCCCUCGGCCAGCAACAAGCCUGCGUCAUCACAUUUGGAGUUGGUUGGAGAACCAGCCAGAGCCUCGCUCAUUGCGACCGGAUUUCCAAGGAUGGAAAGGUCCCCGCAGCCUGGCAGUGCCUUCGCCUUUGCAGGCGGUGCAAGCCUCACCGCUGCAUGCGCUACCACCCAUGGUGCAACAGGAGU